ACAAGCAUAUGACUACUGGCAGGAUCAACCAGGUAUCUAUAGUAUUUCGAACUUCAUUUUUGUUUGAGGAUCGACAGCUGUACGCCAUCAAUGAUCUAUCCCUCUUAGGUAAUAACCCACAACUCGAAGUACCAACCAUAGUUGGACUUUCGUCAUGCAUUACCAACCCAA